AUGGAUUUUGACCGGGUCCUUUCAAAUGACAUUUGUUCGCCACAACUCGAGGAUGACACGGUCAAAUAUGAUGCUGGAAGCAAGCACGGCAUAAAAGCGUUGAUGGUGAUGGACGACUUGAGAAAACGCCAACAGCUCUGUGACGUGACAAUCUGUGUUGGAAGCAAGAAGAUCCACGCACAUCGUUUAGUUCUAGCGUCGUUUAGCUCAUAUUUUCAAGCCAUGUUCACUGGAGGAAUGAUGGAAAGUCGGGAAGAAAUGGUAACCUUGAAAGAUGUCGACUGCAAGACCGUUGAACUGCUUAUAGAUUUUGCUUACACGGGGAAACUCGAUAUAUCGAUCGAUACAGUUCAGUCACUCCUUUACACUUCUUCUUUGUUACAACUCACCGCAAUUCAGAAGGCUUGUUCUGACUUUCUAGAACAUCAACUACAUCCAUCCAAUUGUCUGGGAAUUCGUUCUUUCGCAGAUGCGCACUCUUGUACUGGUCUGCUUCAAGCUUCGGAGAAAUACAUCUACGAACAUUUUAAUGAUGUUGUAAAGAAUGACGAAUUUUUACUUCUUCCCCGCGAUGAACUAGCGGCGUUGUUGACUUGCGAAGAACUAAAUGUUGAUUCUGAAGAGGAUGUUUAUAAUGCUCUUAUUUCCUGGGCUAGGCAGGAUGUAGACGAGAGACAAUCCUUCCUAGCUGAGCUUCUUGGCAUAAUUCGCCUACCGUCAUUAUCUCCUCAUUUUCUAGUUGACCGGGUAGAAAAAGAAGAACUUAUCCGCCAAGACAUUGCAUGUAGAAAUCUCUUGGAUGAAGCCAAGAACUUUCAUAUGUUACCAGAAAGGCGGCGUAAGCUUGGAGGUCAAAAAUCUCGACCUAGGCGCUCCACCUUUGGCAAACUGUUUAGUGUUUGUGGAAUGGAUUCAACAGGACACCCAGUGAGGACUGUGGAACAGUACGACUUCCACAGCCGUAAAGUAAAGAACCUCUGUCCACUCAACACUCCACGAAGUGGGGUGGGUGUUGCAGUACUUAAUGGAAAGCUUUAUGCAGUUGGAGGACACGAUGGGACGAGAUACCUCAGCAGGUGUGAAGACCCUUAAAUUAUGUACCUGUGAAUGUUAAGCCCUAGGGUGGUUGAAGGGUUAUUUCCUUGAUUGUUAUUGGAGUAUCAUAUAUAACACUCAUGCAAGCUGCCAUUAACCUUUCCACAUUUUGUUAUUGGCCGGUUAACAUGUACCCUAAGAAAGAGAACCUUAAAAAGUCAGCUAAGUUUCCAAGUUUGAGAUUCGUGGGUUUAAAACUAAUGAAGACAAUACUUUUUCUCCAAUGUUCAUCACCAAAAUUGAUUAUAUAAUUUAUAGGCAUUUGUUAUCAUUUGCAUCUGUCCCCACCCAUGUUACAGUAGAACCCCAGUGACUCAAACUCUGAAAGGAAAGAGAAAACAAUAUUUGAGUUAGUGAGGGUUUGAGUUAAGUUACUGAUUUUUCGGCACUCAGUGUGUAAAGUGCAGUGCAAAUGUAACUUAUUUCAUUAGAAAUGGUAACAUGAUUAGCCCUUUUUCUUGAUAAAUAGUGAUCUGUUUGUCGCCCCAAUUAAAACCAAAUUGAUGUAGUGUUGGCCAGUGUUAGUUUUAGUGUUUUUACUGAUUAUACAAAAAGAAGAGCUAAUGGGAUGGCAAUCAUGUGGAGUUAAAUGUACUACAUGUAGAACCAGAAUUCGAGUUAUCGGGGUAAAUUUCAGUGAAUUUUUCAAGUUAGUAGGGAAUUCGCAUUAACCGGGUUCCAAGUAACCUAGUAAAAAUGACUGAAAAGUGGGGUAAAAUCCAAGGGAAACUGGACUUAGUUGAAGUUAGUGGGGAGUUCGAGUUAUCUGAGUUUGAGUUAUCAGGGCUCUACUGUAUAUCUUGACUUGUUGAAUAUCUAAGUGAUACAAAUAUCAUUCCCAAACAUGGCAACAUUACUCAUUUUAAGGUGCUCUCUCCAGUAGUGUCAGUGGAUACGUGCCAUAAACUGAUCCAUAUUAAAAUUUGAAAAAGAUGAUGUACACUGUAAGGGUCUGAUGGCACCAACUUUAGUUUUUUUUUAUUCAGAUAUUAUUAAUGUUUGAAAGGAAUCAUCUUUUUUUUCACUGAACCCAGUGUUGAAUGCUAUGAUGUCACCACAAAAGAAUGGAAGUUUGUUGCUUCCAUGAAUCAUGCACGUCGAUAUGUUGCUGCUGCAGCUUUAGGAGGCUUACUGUAUGCUGUUGGAGGAUAUGAUGGCAUUUCAGUACUUGAUUCUGUAGAAGUGUAUGAUCCAAAACUUGAUCAGUGGAAGCGGGUGGAAAGCAUGUCAAAUGCUCGCAGGCAUGUGGCUGUUGGUGUCUUAGAAAAUGAUGAGAAUGAUGGUUCUGGGCCAGGUAAUUUAAAAAAUAAUACCAUAUUUCCUCAAAUAAGUGCCCAUGCACUAAUCAGGCCCUCCUCCGAUUAACCACCUACACCCUAGGCCAAAAUAUCAAACAAGUGCCCCCCCCCUCAAAUAACUGCCCCCUUCCCCUCCCCCUUCACUUUUUUUAACAGUGCAGAUACAAGGAAAACCUAUUUCUAUUGCCACUGUAUUCUUGAUAACUCUGUCUGUAAACCAUACAAUGGAACUAAUAGGUACGCUUGAUCACCAAUAGUCAGAGAACUUUAUAAGUACCCCCCUCGAUUAAGGGCCCUCCUUCUAAUAAGCACCCAUCCUUUUAGCUGAAAUUUUAAGUAAGUGCCUGGGCGUAUUCAAGGAAAUCUGGUAAUCAUUGUUAAAAUACGUUUGUAUUGCUACCUGAUAGUGUUGAUGGAGCUAGGUGUUUUCUUAGGGAAGUACUAGAGCAGUGAACCUCUACCAUUUUUUUAGCCCUCAACUUUGACUAUGGAAGUGGUCUGAAGAGCUAAUCUUGAGCCCCGCUUUAUCCAUUUGUUUUGGCAAUCUUGGUCAUGGCUAACGACACUUUCACUAUUACAAUGUAAACAUUUUCCCCAACCCUCUUUGGAUUUGAUAAAUGUUAUUUUGCUUCGGACAUUUUCCAUCUCCUCCUUACUUAUUCAUGUAUUCUAUGCUUGAGUGGAAACAUUAAAUUUUAUUUUAGCUAUCUGAAAUGUGUCUCUUUCUCCCGCAGUUCUUUUAAACAAGCAAAAACUUGUAUCUUAACCUAAUGAAUGCAAAAUAAUUUUGAAAAGAGAGCAAAUAAAGUUACAGUAAGUUAUGCCAUAAAUUUUAAGAAAGUUUAACAUGUUAUGGUGUCAAACCUGACACAAUCAUUGCAUGGUAACCUUUUAUUCAUCUAUGAAACUGACCAUUACUUGUUUUCCAUGAUAACAGGUUUUUGUUUUAUAUCGUAACACACUGAAGCAUUGCUGUAACUGACUAAUAUACAGUGUACAUGCUAAAAAUAGUGGAAACUGGGAGAACAACUCUUAAAAGUGUAGAGUAUUAAAUGCGGUUGUUUUUACAAAUAGUGCCAAUGGUACUUCAGCUAUUAAUAAGCAGAUUUCUUUUUCUCCCUCUUUAAUAAUAAUAAUGAUAAUGAUAUUAACAAUGAUGUCUUUUUUCAUCUGAUAAAAAUACAUAUCAAAAGUUACUAUCGUGGAGACUAAGUUAUUAAAAUAAUAACAAGCGCUUACAAUUUCAAAAGUAACAUAAUAAACAUAAGGUAAGUUAGAUUGCUAAUUUAUACUCAAAAAUUGUUGUGACUUGUAUAUUGUUAGGAUAUCUGUAUGCUGUUGGUGGCCAUGAUGGGAUCAUCUAUUUAAAGACAGUUGAAAGGUACAACCCUGUCAUUAAUGAGUGGACUUAUGUUGCAUCCAUGGGAGCACGGAGAGGUGGAGUGGGUGUGGCCACCGUUGGGGGUUGCUUAUAUGCUACAGGUGGAUAUGAUGGCACUUCCAACCUCAGUACUUCAGGUAUGUCAUGACUCCUCAGCCAUUCUAUGACACUGUAUUCUAGUUUAAACCUGGGCUGGGUUGUUCAAAGCUUGGAUAUGAUAACCCAGGGUUUGUGUGAAACUUAAAUUCAGAUAUGAAAGCUUAAAAAACAAACUCAGUUUAAUUCUCUCUGACUACAAUUUGAUGAUUGGAUGCUCUAAAAUAAAUAGAGAAAGUUAGCAAAGAAAACGCCUCUGAUUAAGAGAAAAAAAAACCCAGCUUAAUCCCUGGUUAACACAAAUUGUCCUUCAAACAACUGGGCCCUGGGGAAUAAAAUAAAGUCAUUCAAAGUCAGAUGUUAUUUGUAUCCGGCUCUGGCCGUUUAUUUGUAAGAGUCAUUGAUACUUAACUUUAGGGUAGGACCAGCAAUCCAAAGAUGAUGCCACAGAUGGCCCUUGUAUACCUUCUUUUAAAGAAUGUUUUGAGUUGUUAUAACGUUCCAAUCAAUAUUUGGCUCCAGUUCCAACUGUUUGACUUAUAAGAGACAAGCUUCAAAGAUAACUGUUAGAAGAUCUGGGAAAUAAAAUGGUGAUGACUAUAAAAAAGUCCCACAGCCAUCUGAUAUAAUCCUUGGAUAUUUUGUCUCUCAAUUUAUUAUUAUUCACUGCACUGUCGUAAAUCGCGUGUUUACAUAUGUAAUCAAACCUCAUAUCGCAUAUAGAAUUUGAUUGUUAAGUGACCGGAAAGAGAUAGGCAUCGAAUCUGCCAAAUCAAAGGAAACAUAAAACGAAUCGCUUUAUCUUUCGUUGAAAAAUUAUCAGGAGUUGUGUUGUAAUAAAACCGGGGAUGCUGUGAGUGAAGAAUAUAUGUUUAAAACCUUACAUCGUGAGUGAGUGAUUUAGGACCGUUUAGCGCGAGUUUAUCGGGACAACAGUGUGUUGCAAGCAAAUAUCCCAUUCCCAACACAAAGUGGCACCUCCGACGGGACUGAACAGAGGGAAAACAAACAGAUCUGACGCCGGGAUUUUACAAUGGAGAAACUUACCACGGAUCUAGACACACAACUACAAUUGCUCAACUUCACAAGGGAUAAGAGUGAAGGAAUCACCGCAAAGGGAAAUGUGGAAGCUGUGGACCGCCAACUUCAGUCCUUGAGAUCUAUCGUAACGAAGGUGGAAGAUUUUAAGCUUCAAAUCGAGCAAGCGAAAAUCGCGAACGGAGAGAAACUUGAAGACGUGUCAGAAUGGAGCCUCACAGUUGAAGCCGCCCAAACAUCUGCUGAUGAGAACAUCGCGUACUUGCGGAAAUGGUUAACAGAAUACAAGCAAAGAGAACGCCUUUCGGAAAAUGAGGGUCAACAAGCCUUUCUGGAGCAGUCAAGAAAGGAUCAGCUUGAGUUUGAACGAACGCAACUGGAGAUGAGGCUGACAUAUGAGAAGAAGAUCGAGGAGACAAAAGCAAACCAUUCGAAGACCACGGAGCCGACCUCAAAUCAAGCAGCGAAGACCGCCAAACUUCCUAAGCUCGUCAUUACAAAGUUUAGAGGUGAACUAACGGAUUGGCCACGGUUCUGGAGUCAAUUUGAAACCGAGAUUGACAAGGCAGAAAUAGCUGGCGUGACAAAGUACUCAUACCUAAAGGAACUCGUAGACCCGAAGAUACGAGCGGAAAUAGACGGUUUGCCCUUCUCAGUAGAGGGAUACGAGCGUGCGAAGAACAUCCUGGCAAGGAAGUAUGGACAAACAAGCGAGGUCGUGAACGCGUACGUGGAAAACAUCAUGUCUUUGCCUACAAUUGGAGGAACACAGCCAGCCAGAAUCCAUGAUUUCUACGAGAAGCUUCUUUUCAAUGUGCAAUCAUUGGAAACAAUGGGAAAACUGCGAGAGGUGAAUGGAUACGUGCGGAUGACUAUUGACAAGCUGCCGGGGAUAAGAGGGAUCUUGUGCGAACAGACGAUUCUUGGCGAGAGUGGAAUUUUCCAAGGUUAGUGGAUGAGCUUCGAAAAUGGACAGAAAGAAACCCGAUCCAAUCCAAGCAAAGCGAUAAGCCCUGGCGUGUCGACAAACCCUGGCGUGACAAGAAUUUCCAAGUCCAACAGCAGAGAGAUGGCAAAAAUCGGGGAUGCGUUUAUUGCGAAAGCCAAGAUCACAGAUCGGUCGACUGCAAAACGGUAGCCAGCCUCGACGAUCGCAAAAGGAUGCUUAGCAACAAACGCCUUUGUUUCAAUUGCACCGGAGGCAAACACAGGGCUGAAGAUUGCAAAAGCCGUUCCAUGUGCCAGAUUUGUAAGAGAAGGCAUCACACGUCCAUCUGCAACAGCGUCAGUAACCAGUUAAUGACAGCGACUUCAACGCAAAGACCAACUGUGAUCUAUCCAGUCGUCGUAGUGGAAGUGAUGGGAGUUAAGUGUCGUGCGUUACUAGACACCGGCGCCGGAAGUUCCUACGCUUCAGCAGCGUUACUUGAUCACAUAAAGAUUCGCCCUCAUCAACGAGAAGUACGACAGAUCGAAAUGAUGAUGGGAGUAGUCACUAAGCCGGUGGAAAUCUUCAAAGUGCAAAUAAGUUCACUGCAGAGCGAUUUCAUCCUUGAAACGGACGUGACUAAGGUGAAUAAGGCACAGCUUUUAUCCCUGGAAAACCCUCGCUACCAGCAAGUCCUGGAAAGGUACGACCACUUGAAGGGAGUGAAGAUGGACGAUAUGGACCCAAAGGAUUACCUUCCGGUGCACCUUAUCUUGGGAGUGUGUGACUAUACUAAGAUCAAGACUGUAACAGCACCUCUUAUUGGAGCCGCAAACGAGCCUAUUGCCGAGAAAACUAAGUUCGGAUGGACCAUUAUUUCACCGGGCAAAGAAGUGGAUCUGUCUCCCAUGUUCCUGACGCAGACAUCAACGGUAGAUUACGACAACUUGUGCAGACUGGACGUGCUUGGACUGGCAGAUUGUGCAACUGGUGACCAAGACGAGGUGUAUUCAGAGUUCAAAGAGCAACUAAGACGAGAUGAUGAGGGUUGGUACGAAACUAGCCUACCAUGGAAAGGGAACCACGCACCUUUACCAACCAACGAAGCAGGAAGUCUUCGCAGAUUAACAGGCCUCGUAAAGAAGCUGCGUGGCCAAGGAAUGAUAGAACGUUACGAUCAAGUAAUCCAAGACCAAAUCAAGACCGGGAUAGUCGAGAGAGUUAGCACACCCGCAACUGGGCAGCACGAAUUCUACAUUCCUCACAAGGCAGUGGUACGCGACACAGCAGAAACCACUAAGCUUCGAGUGGUCUAUGACGCGUCAGCACGGGCCUACUCUGGUGCACCCUCGUUAAAUGAGUGUCUGAAUCCUGGACCACCUCUUCAAAACAAACUCUGGAGUGUCCUAGUUCGUUCUCGAUUUCAUCCAAUAGCAGUCGCAGGAGACAUUAAGCAAGCUUUCCUUCAAGUACGAAUCAAGGAGCCAGACCGUGAUGCGCUGCGAUUUCAUUGGUUAAAGGACCCAAGCAGUCAAACAGUGGAGACGUUGAGGUUUACAAGAGCCCUCUUCGGUCUCACAUCAUCGCCAUUCCUCCUGGGAGGCGUGAUCCAGCACCUGUUGGAGAGUUGCAGACAAGACCACCCGGACAUUGUCAGCGAGAUAGAACGCAGCUUAUACGUCGACGACCUCAUCAGUGGUGGCCCUACCUGUGAAAAGGCAAAGGAAAUCAAAUCAGCUUCUCAGGAAGUAUUCGCCAAGGGCACCUUCGAGUUGCAUAAAUGGCAUUCGAAUGUGAGAGAGUUGGAAUCGGCCGCCUCUGAACCAGCCGCUUCUGAACCAGUCUCGAUUGAGGAAGAAACGUAUGCAAAGGAGCAGUUAAACGUCCCCAGAAGAGAAGGAGCUACCCUGCUUGGUUUGCCAUGGGACAAAGCAAACGAUACCAUCGGAGUAAGUUUUCCACAAGAAAAAAAGCUGAUCCCAGCAAGCGGGGAAUCUUAAGCAAAGUGGCACGGAUCUAUGACCCACUGGGAUUGGCCUCUCCUAUCUCAUUAGGCGGUAAGCUCCUCUACCGUGACGUGUGUGAUGCCAAGCUAAACUGGGAUUCAAAGCUACCAGGCGAUAUGAUGCAGAGUUGGAUACGAUGGGAGAAGCGACUUCCCGAGCAGCUUACAGUUCCGAGAUCUUUAGCAGCCCAUCAAGAGGACAUUCAGUCAAUAGAGUUGCACGCAUUUGGUGAUGCCAGUGGGAAGGGCGUGGCCGCGGCUGUGUAUGCUGUAGUCAAUCAAGAGUCGGGCUCAAAUCAAGGGCUCGUGGCAGCGAGAGCGAGACUCUCCAAAAGGGGACUGACGAUCCCUCGGCUAGAGUUGGUGUCCGGACAUAUGGCAGUGAAUCUCUUGGUAAACGUGGCCUCCGCCCUGGACGGAUUUCCCCUUACCGAAAAGUACUGCUGGCUCGAUAGCACCGUUGCCCUGCACUGGAUCAGAUCCCCAGGCACAUAUAAGCAGUUUGUGAGUAACAGAGUCGAGAAAAUACAAGCACAUUCAGGCGUGACUUGGCGGCACGUAGGGACCUUGGAGAACCCUGCUGACCUUGGAAGCCGUGGUGGAGAAGUGAAAACCAUCCCUCUUGGAGCAACGGGCCGAAGUGGUUGAAGAACAAAGCGAUCUGGCCUCCAGACAUUGUGACUAAGGCAUCAGAGGAAUCAAUGGCAGAAGUGAAAGCAACAAGAGAUGUUUUUGCUGUGGCGAUAGCAACUACAGAUGAGCUAGACAACCUUCUUGAGAAGUUUACCUACUGGAGGACAAUGAGAAUCUGUGCGUGGAUAAUGCGGUUCGUUCACAACGCUCGUUCAGAGAAGAUACAAAGACACGAAGGACCGCUGACAACUGAAGAAACUAACAAAGCGACAAUCUUCUGGGUGAAAAGAGUCCAGACCAGAGCCACAGCAGACAAGCAUUACGAAGAGGAUCGGUUGCAACUGAAUCUGCAACCUAACCAAGACGGCGUGUUAGAAUGUCGAGGCCGAAUACAAGGGCAUUAUCCGGUGUAUUUGCCCGAGAGUCAGCGCUUCACAGAGAAGCUCGUAACACAAGUACACCUUGGGACGCUCCACGGGGGAGUCGUCAGUACCAUGGCAAAGGUACGAGAGCUGUACUGGGUUCCGCGCCUUAGAAGAUUGACAAAAGGAAUCGUGAAGAGUUGCCACGGCUGUCGGCGGUUUCAAGCCCAAGCGUUCUCGUCCCCACCCCAAGGCGACCUGCCAAAGGAUCGGACAGAAGGUUCUUCACCCUUUCAAGUUGUUGGAGUGGAUUACGCGGGACCCAUUAAGUAUCGUAUAAGCAAGAACAGAGAGGGCAAGGCGUACAUCGUUCUGUACGCUUGCAGCCUGACCCCGAGCACCUUCCUUUAUGGUCAACCGAACAUGCUUCCAGAGUUAGAACCUCAUCACGUCCAGGAACACGACCUGCGGAAGAGAGCUAAAUAUUUGAGGAAGUGCAAGGAUACACUAUGGUCACGCUGGACAAGAGAGUACCUCCGCGGACUGAGAGAGAGACACCGGCUGAAGCACAAGGGAGACACGACCUAUCCAUCCAAGGGAGAAGUCGUCAUCAUCAAAUCAGAAGAGAAGAAUCGAGCACAGUGGAAGUUGGGAGUCGUAGAAGACCUAAUCACCGGCCGUGAUGGCGUGAUUCGUGGGGCAAAGCUGAAAACUGGAAAGUCACGCCUGGAGCGCCCAAUACAGCAUCUGUACCCUCUAGAGCUGAGUUGUGACAUGCCGAUGCAGAACCCACCGGAGCCGCUGAAUCCAAUGGCGCCAAUCUACAGGCCGCAAAGGGAUGCCGCAGCAGCAGCCAGAGUUCGUAUCCAGGAUAUGAACGAGGACGAACAAUGAACUGAACAAUGCAUAAAUUUAAGAACCCCAAGAACUAUGAACAUUACGAGUGAACUUUUAUAUUUUUUGAGCAUUUCAUGCCAGAUGGCACAUUGAUUUUAAAACUCUAAUAUUUGUUAUGUUAUGAUGCUGCUUGGUCAACAGACUGCAGUUCGAGACUCUUAAAUUCAACGACUGAUUUUCUAUCUGUUGAUUAAGUUCUGGACAUUUGCUCUCUCGAAGCAAAUGGGGGGAGGGUGUCGUAAAUCGCGUGUUUACAUAUGUAAUCAAACCUCAUAUCGCAUAUAGAAUUUGAUUGUUAAGUGACCGGAAAGAGAUAGGCAUCGAAUCUGCCAAAUCAAAGGAAACAUAAAACGAAUCGCUUUAUCUUUCGUUGAAAAAUUAUCAGGAGUUGUGUUGUAAUAAAACCGGGGAUGCUGUGAGUGAAGAAUAUAUGUUUAAAACCUUACAUCGUGAGUGAGUGAUUUAGGACCGUUUAGCGCGAGUUUAUCGGGACAACAGUGUGUUGCAAGCAAAUAUCCCAUUCCCAACAGCACAUACAUGUAGAGUAGGAAUUACAGUUGUACUAAUGAACUAAAAUCUGUUUUGUCUUCAUUUCAUAAGAGCGCUACUAUCCUGAAGAAGACAGAUGGGCUUUUGUGGCACCAAUGAGUGUUUGCCGUAGUGGACACGGCGUAGGAGUUGUUAAUGGGUGUCUGUAUGCUCUGGGAGGUCAUGAUGGGGUGUCAUACCGCAACAAAGUAGAAUUCUUUGACCCUCAAGUUGGUGAAUGGACUAGUGUUGGUCAGAUGGGAAUGUGUAAGGCUGUGGCUGGUGUAGCUGUUAUGAAGGAACACUGACAUUUGGAGCAUAUCAGUUUUGCAAGAGUUGGAGCGAUUUUCGUAUAACUUUGAAAUGAAAACGCGCGAACAGAACAGAAACAACAAAAGAACGGAAAUAGAGCGAUUUGAUUGGUUUAUCAAACAGAUACAAACGCGCGUGGCUUUUGGUUGGUUCUUUAGCGGGAAAACCAAGAGGCCAUGUUUUGAUCUUUUCAUCCAUUGGCUGAUAAAAGAAAUAACGAACACUUACCGAAACCAUUUUUCAAGGACAUACGAAAAUCGCUUUAUACCAAAAAAAAAAUGACGAAAAAACAAGGAGCAUUUACUUUUGUCCCUUCGCUAUUUCGAGGAUCCACUGAGCAUCAAUUUUGAUAGAAACGAGAUUUUCUACAAACUUAAAUCCAAAUCGUGUUGCUGGGGAAAAUCUUGCAUGGUGGGUACGGAUCCCUGAAAAAUUCCAAGACAGGAUACUAAAAAACGCUCCCUACCCUAGUGGCCCCUUCUUUCAUUCAUUCAACACUGGAAAUAACUAACCUGCAUAACAAGCGUUUCCGUUUUGUUUCGGAGCACAGAAAUACCGAGGAACGGGAAUUUCAGUUUUGGCCGCGCGAAAAAUGGAACGAGAGCCCCUCCCCUUUUACUUGCGCCAUUUUUCGUGCGGUCUUUGACUCUUGUUCCUCGUUCUUUGCGACGAAACCGCACGGAAACGCUUGCUACGCGACCGUAGGCUAGGUAACAACUGUCACUAGGAACUGAUUAUGUGCUGUCGAAUGAAACUUGCAAAAUGUGCAAUGACUUAAAAACUUGUUUGGACUUGUUGUCCAAGCAAAGGUGUCUCCGCCUUUCCUUGAAUGUAUGGUGGUCAAAGAAGAGAAAGGAAGUAACAUUGUAUUUUCUUUGCCGACGUCUCGAUUGAAUUCAUCAUUUGAUUGAAAAUAGCACUGCAAUGCUCAGUAGAGAGCAAAAGUAUUGAUCUCCGUCAGGAACAUGUAUGUAUCUGCCCUGUAGAUGUUAACCUUUUCCAAGAGUGUUAUAAGAUUGUGAUAGCUAUUGUAAAAGGUUUACGUGGCAAAAAUUUGAUAUUUUUUCGAGACACUUCUGAAGUCAUGCUCUAAAAGAAAAUGGAGAGUUCAUACUUAAUAAUAUUUAUUUGUGAAAACACUCUUAAGUCGACUAGAGUGAUGAUAAGAUAUUACCGUCUAUGUUAGACGCACGAUGAAUUUUGGCUUUUUGUUUUACAUUUUAAGCCGUUAUUACUAUUUAUGUUUUGUGUUGCACAACGC